AUGGCAGCGCACUUUCGCUGCUGCUUCCACCAGCAAAGGUACGACUUCGCAAAAUUACUCUUCCAAAUGGUGGUGCUGUUCGGGACUUCUCAGACCGGUCAAGCGUACGAUUUAAGUCUGUCUGUGGACGAGGGGCAGCCGCCAGAAACCCUCGUGGGAGACAUCAGCGCCGGACUGCCCGAGGGGACGCCGAGCAGCGGGUACUUUAUCUCGGAAAGCCACGAAUCUCUCGUCUUCCGCGACCUGCACAUCGAUGCGGCGACGGGGAUAAUAAAGACGGCGAAGGUGCUCGACCGGGAGACCACGGAGCGGUACGCGUUCGUGGCCGUGACUCCGACCGGCCACGUGGUCCGGGUGCGGGUGCGGGUGAAGGACGUGAACGAUCACGCCCCGGUCUUCCCCGGGGGCACGAUCCGGCUCAACAUUUCAGAGCAGACCCCGGUCGGGGUCGCAUUCCGGCUGGACGGAGCCCGGGACCCGGACGCGGGUGAGUUCGGCACCCAGGGCUACCUGAUCACCGGGGGAAACCCGGGCACCUUCCAGCUUCAGUCCAGGAGGGGAGCGAGCGGCCUGGGCUUGGACCUGGUGCUGCUGCAGCCCCUGGACCGCGAGACCGUGGACUCUUACUCCCUCACCAUCGAGGCCUUCGACGGCGGCACUCCCCGGAGAACGGCGACCGCGCGAUUGGACAUCCAGGUGCUGGACGCCGACGACAACCCGCCGAGGUUCGGGCAGACCGAGUACGAGGCCUGGGUGCGGGAAGACGCCGCCCCGGGCACCAGGGUGCUGCAGGUACACGCCAGCGACCCGGACCAGGGGAGCAACGGGCUGCUCACCUACCGGAUCGACCGCGACGGCGGCGGCGGCGGCGCCGGCCAGGCCCCCGGCCCGCCCUUCUCCAUCGACGCCGAGAGCGGCGUGAUCAGCGUGAGCGGACCGCUGGACCGGGAGCGGCGCGGCGUCCACCGGCUGGUGGUGCGGGCGGUGGAGCGCGACUCGCCGCCCGAGGCCGCGGCCGCCGCCGCCGCCGCCGCCUUUGUGUCGCUGCGGCUCCUCGACGUGAACGACAACGCGCCGAGCCUCAGCGUCAUGUACCUGGGCCCGAGCGGCCGGGCGCUGGUGUCGGAGGGGGCGGCGCCGGGCGAGCCGGUGGCCAGGAUCUCGGCGACGGACCCCGACCUGGGAGACAACGGGCGGCUCCUGGUGACUCUGCGAGACGAGGAGGAAGAUGGCGGCGGCGGCGGCGGCGGACGGUUCUCGCUGCGGCGCGUGGCUGAGUCGGUUUACCUGCUGUGUGUGAGCGGCGCCCUGGACCGCGAGGAGCGCGAGGUCCAUCGGCUCGUGCUGACGGCCCGCGACCGGGGCUCGCCGCCCCUCGCCGGCCGCCUGCCGCUGCGCCUGCGGCUCUCCGACCUCAACGACCACGCGCCGGCCUUCCCUCGCGGGCACCUGUACCGCGCGCGAACCGCCGAGGGGGUGCCGCUGGGGGGCAGGGCCCUGGCUCGCGUGCGGGCCCUCGACCCCGACAGCGGGCGCAACGGAGCCGUGCGCUACCGCGUGCUGACGGGCGGGGGUUACUUCCGGGUGCACCCGGAGAGCGGCGACAUCUUGGCGGCGGACCCCCGGCUGUGCCUGGACCGGGAGAGGCAGGCGGCGUUCCUCCUGGUGGUGGAGGCCAGGGACCUGGGGGAGCCGCCCCUGUCGUCCACCGCCUCCGUCCUGCUCCUGGUGGACGACGUGAACGACAACGAGCCGAUCUUCGAGCGGCAGGUGUACAGCGCGUCCGUGCGGGAGCGCGUCCCACCCGGUACCAGCGUCCUGCAGGUUACAGCAAGAGAUGCAGAUAGCGGCCAUUUUGGUAGCAUCCAAUAUUCCCUUUAUGAAGGGUUUAACAACUAUGAAGAGUCACACCUCUUCAGCAUUGACACCAUUACCGGUCAAGUCUGUACAACACAAAUUUUUGAUCGAGACAACGGACCACCAAACUAUGAUCUUUUGGUAAAAGCUGAGGAUGGGGGUGGGUUGAGUGCUCAAGCUUUUAUCCACAUAGAGGUACAAGAUAUCAACGAUAACAAGCCUGUAUUCAAUCCAUUGACAUACAUAACCAGUAUCAGCAAACACACACCGCCUGGAACAGAGAUUAUAAAUGUGAUCGCUUAUGACAGAGAUUCUGGUAUAAAUGGACAAGUGUCAUAUGAACUUGUACCUGGAAAUUUCUCUUCUUUCUUCUUUGUAGAUCCUUCUGCAGGUGCAGUAUAUUUAACUUCAGACCUCUGUCAUGUGCAAGUUUCCAGUUUGCUGUUGAUGGUUUCUGCCCAAGAUGGUGGGGGCCUGAUCUCACCAAUCAAUGCAACUGUGACUGUGUACAUUCUCGAGAGCGUUCUUCCUCCCACAAAGUUUAAGAGUUCUCAUUAUUUCUUUGUUGUUGCGGAAGAUAUCCCAAUACAUAGUUCAGUUGGUAUAGUACAAACUACAAGUGAAUCAGAUUCUCCAGAAAACAUAUUUCGAAUUUCCUCUGGUGAUCCAUAUGGUUAUUUUUCCAUCGAGCCUAGAUCUGGUCUCAUCAAAACCAGUAGGCAGUUAGACCAUGAAGCCCAACCUUCUGUGGUGCUUACUGUUCAAUCUCAGAUGAACAGCUCCCCGGUCUACAGCAGCACUCAAGUCAACAUAACGAUUACAGAUGUCAAUGAUAACACACCAGUAUUUCACAAAGAAUAUGAAACAAUCACCAUUUCAAAGAACACCUUACCUGGGACAGUUAUCUUUAUUGCACAUGCAGAAGACAAAGACAGUGGGUCCAACGGAAUAGUCAUGUACAGUAUACAGAAUGACUAUGAACAAAUGUUUUCCAUUGAUCCCAAACAUGGAACCAUAUUUCUCAACAGGAGCCUUUCCUCAGAAAAGCAACACAAAUACAGUUUAAAUAUUUUUGCUAGUGACGAGGGAACUCGUUCAUUGAGUGCCAUGUUCAUGUUAUCAGUCAUUGUUGAUCACUUGGAUGAUAUUUUGAUUUUUGAAACACUGGUUUAUCAAGUUGAAAUCAGUGAAGCUGCACCACCAGACACUAGAAUUGUGCAAGUCUGUGCCUAUAGUCAAGAUCUCCUGACAGACUCAGUCAUAGUUUACUCUCUUCAACCAACUUUGGAUUCAGUGAUAUUUGACAUCCAUGCUGACACUGGCUGGAUUUAUACUCGUCGCAGUCUGGACUAUGAGUCCACACUUAGCUAUACCUUUAAAGUGUUUGCUAUAAAUCCAGCAGAUCAAUUAAGAUUGAGUGCUACCACCACUGUGACUGUUAGUGUAACAGAUGAAAAUGAUAGCCCUCCCAAAUUUACACAAGAUUUGUAUUUUUUCACAAUUGAAGAAAGCCAAGUUCCUCACGGAUUGAUUGGAAAAGUAAAAGCAACAGAUCAAGAUUCAGGGAAAAAUUCAGAGAUAGCAUAUAUUUUAUUAUCUGAUGGAAAAUACUUCAGACUGAACUCAAAAACAGGUGAGAUUAUUAACUGGAUUGCUUUAGACCGUGAACAGCAAACACAACAUCAGAUGUCAAUACUGGUUAGAGACCAUGGUGUGCCACAGCGCAAUGCCUCUACAACUGUUUACAUCACAGUCACUGACAUUAAUGAUAAUCCGCCACUGUUUUCUUAUCCAGAAAGUGAGAGUGAGAUAACUGUUAAGGUUUUGGAAGCACAACCUGAAGGUACAUUUCUAACCACUUUAUUUGCCAAGGACCCAGAUGCUGGUGAAAAUGGCACAGUUAUUUAUUCUAUUUCAGAAGACAUUUCAAACAGCUUCAAAAUUGAUGCCCAAACUGGAGAACUGAGAACGUCCAAGGUUCUAAUGUACAGUCAAGUAUCGCAUUAUAAAAUAACUGUGGUGGCGAGUGAUGCAGGAUAUUCACCACUUCAGCAGACAGCAGUAAUUACUAUCCAGGUUAUCCCCAGACUUGUAGAAAAACUGAACAACAGAGAUAACCUCAGGUAUUUUGUCGUGCCAGAAGGUUUAAAGCCUGGGAAUAUUUUGGGUCCUAUCAGUUCACAUGACCACCACAUGUUGGCCAGACAGAAAGUACAUUUCACUAUUGUUGAAGGUGAUGAUCACUUUCAGUUUGGAAUUGACAGUAUGUCUGGGGAAUUGUACCUAACCCAAGAGCUGGACUAUGAAACAAUAACUCAUUAUUUGUUGAAGAUAAUAGCAGAAGAUAGCAGUCAGAUCCCUUCAAAGAAUACCACUGUUUUUGUCAGUAUUAAAGUAGAAGACCAAAAUGAUCACUCGCCAUGGUUUAAAGAUGAUAGAAUUGUGGUUGGAAUACAAGAAAAUCUGCCUGCAGGGUCCCUUGUUUACUUAUUUAAUGCAAAAGAUGCUGAUGGAAGUGGACCAAACAGCGAUUUGCAAUAUUCUAUUGUGCUAGAAAGUUCCUCAGAAAAUCUAUUCUACAUAGAUCCCUUUCAAGGCUGCUUAAAGACAGUGACGUCAAUUAAUCGUGAAAUGGCUCAGACUUCUGUUCUAAUAGUAACUGCAACAGAUCAAGCAGUGGAUGUCAGUGAACGCAAAGUAUGCUCAUUGAUCGCUCAGAUUAUUGUUUUGGAUGUGAAUGAUAACAGCCCAGCAUUUGUGUCGACAAAUGUUGCAUAUGUAAUGGAAGAUGAGAAAGUGGGUUAUCGUGUGCAUCAUAUUAUUGCACAGGAUGCAGAUGCAGGUGAAAAUGGAAGAGUUACAUAUUCUGUCAUCUCAGGGAAUGAAGACAAUACAUUCAAGCUUGAUGAAUCAUCAGGUUCAUUAAUCUUGGCCUCAUGUCUAGAUCGGGAAUUGCAGGAAUCCUAUGUCCUCACAAUUUUGGGGCAGGACAAUGGACUUCCUGCUCAAUCAUCGACACAGAUGCUUACAAUUUUCAUUGUGGAUGUGAAUGAUGAAGUACCAGCGUUUCAACAGUCUGUCUAUGAAGUUAGGAUUUCUGAAAAUCUUAAUCAGGGGGAGUUUGUUAUCAAGGUUGAAGCUUCUGAUAGAGAUUCAGGUAUAAAUGCUGCCCUUACUUAUGAGAUUUUACCAAGUGCUGGAUAUGAUUUAUUCAAAAUGAACUCACAAAUUGGUGAGGUCCAUACAAUACAAAUGCUGGAUAGAGAACUGCAAGAGAACAUUAGUAUAAAAGUUUUAGUGCGAGAUAAUGGGGUCCCAUCUCUGUCUGCUACAACUACAAUCAUGGUGACUGUUGUGGAUGAAAAUGACAACCACCCUGAAUUCAUAUUUCCUGUACAUGAGUUGCGUAUACCAGAAAAUCAGGAACCAGCGGUUAUCUAUACAGCUAUGGCUAUGGACAAGGAUGCUGGGGAAAAUGGACUGGUUAUAUAUCAAAUUCUUGGUGGAAAUCUCACUGACGUUUUCAGAUUUGAUGCUAUUUCUGGAGAACUUUCUACAACUAGGGGACUUGACCGAGAAGAAUUCAGUAAUAUUUCCCUGAUAAUUGAGGCUCGGGACCUUGGUAGCCCACAACAGACUUGCACUGCAAAGCUAUGGAUUAUUGUUCUAGAUGAAAAUGACAACAGUCCCAUAUUUGAAAGAAGCCAUUAUCGUACUUCUGUGAAGGAGGAUCUUCCUGUUGGAUCCAGUGUACUUCAGUUGAUAGCUGUUGACAAGGAUGAUGGUUCUAAUGGUGACAUUAUAUACUCUAUAAUUGAUGAUACUUCUGGAAUGUUUACUAUUAACAGUAGCACUGGUCUCCUAGUAACAACGGGGGAAUUAGAUAGAGAGACAAAAUCACAAUAUGUCUUCAGGGCAGUUGCAAGUGAUAACAGCAUUCAAAAUCCAAAAAGUACCACUGUUAAUGUAAUAAUACAUAUUGAAGAUGUAAAUGACAAUUUUCCUGUUUUUGUACAAAACCCAGUUAUUGCCAAUGUCACCUUAAACACUAUGGUAAAUCUUACCAUCACCACUGUGAGAGCUGAUGAUAAGGAUCUAGGACCAAAUGGCACUGUUAUUUUCCAGAUUUUGGAAUCUAAUUCAGUAUUUGCCAUCAACAGCAACUCUGGUGAAAUCUACUUGAAGACUUCACUGCCCCAUGUUCAUUUUAGUACAAACCUUUUAUAUGUAGUUGCAAGAGAUGAGGGUGUUCCUACUCGAUCAUCAACUGGACUUGUGGUGAUAUAUCUACAAGGAGAGGAAAAAGGAAUUUGGUUCACUCAUGACAUGUAUGAAGUAACGAUUGCUGAAAACAUCAGGCCAGGAACCUCAGUACUGAGAGUUGCAGCUCAAGACUACAGCAAUAAUGCAUCUCGAAUCAGAUACAGCAUUUUUAAAGGGAAUGAAAAUGGAGCAUUCAGCAUAGGUUCAAAUACUGGUGAGAUUGUUGCAAAAGGUUCUAAAUUUUGGGAUUUUGAAGUUAGAACCAAAGUUCACCUAGUUUUAUUGGCAGAAAAUAAUCAUCAUACAGCACACAGCAGACUAACAAUUAUUCUCCAAGAUGUAAAUGAUAAUCAACCACAAUUUGAACAAAGCCAUUACAGAACAUCUGUAUGGGAAGGACAGAUCUACAAUACGUACGUCAUGCAGAUUUUUGCUUCUGAUGCUGACAGUGGGCUCAAUGGUCAAAUUGAAUAUUCCAUAAUAUCAGGAAACCAAAAUCAGGCUUUUAUCAUUGAUUCUGCCCGUGGAAUUCUUGCCACUAAUGCUAUUCUGGAUCGAGAAAUAAUUUCCUCCUACAGAUUAAUUGUUCAGGCAGCUGAUCAAGGAAAUCCACGUUUUUCAGCAACAACCACUAUUUUGAUUCAGGUUGUGGAUAUUAAUGACAAUGUUCCAACGAUCCCACCGUUGAAAACUGUGAAGAUUUUUGAAAAUCUCCCGACUGGUUAUGUUGUUGUACAGAUAAUAGCCAAUGAUAUGGAUCUAAACACAAUUCUUUCAUACAAUUUUACUGAGGCUGGUAACCCAGGAGGUAAAUUUUCUAUUGAUCGGUACUCUGGAGUUAUCACUUUGACUCAACCCUUGGAUUUUGAAGUACAGUCUGAAUAUUUGUUGAGGAUCAGAACUUCUGAUUCUGUGCAUGAAACAGAAGCAAGCCUUAAAGUUGUUGUAGUGGAUGUCAAUGAUAAUCCACCUCUCUUCUCGCAAGACACAUAUCAGAUUGGAUUACUUGAACUCACACCGAUGAAUUCCUACGUUCUGACUGUAUCUGCCACAGAUAAAGAUUCAGGAGUAAAUGGACAACUCUCCUACAGGAUUCUUCUGGGAGCUACACAGGGAUUUUAUAUCAACUCAGAGACUGGUGCAAUAUUUACUCACAGGAUAUUUUACUAUGCAACUGACAACGCUGUAAUACAGCUUCUGAUAGAAGCAAGAGAUGGUGGGAACCCAGCUUUGACCAGCAUUACUUCUGCGCAGAUAUACAUUCAGGAUAUCAACGAUCAUAUUCCACAGUUUACACAAGCUCUUUAUAAUAUCAGUGUUAAUGAAGACAUAGCACCUGGAGUGAUUCUCUUGUCAGUUUCAGCAUCAGAUCUAGAUUGGGCACGUGAGAAUUGUUACAUUGACUACACAAUUAUUGGAGGUAAUGAGCAAAACCAAUUCUACAUUGAAAACUCAAUGAGUCAUGUAGAAAGUCAUUAUCAGAUGAUAGGUAACCUGGUGUUAGCAAAUGUACUAGAUAGAGAAGUUAUGAAAAAUUACACUUUAGUUGUCCGUGCAUCUGAUCGAGAAACUUCACCAAUGAAUUCAACCACAGUUAUAUCAAUAAUAGUGCUUGAUGUCAAUGAUAAUGCACCAGUUUUCAGUAGCUUGGAGCACCAUGUUGAAGUUGCAGAAAGCAUCCCUUUAGGAAGCAAACUUAUUGAAAUGUUGGCAUAUGACCAUGAUCAGGGAGUAAAUGCAGAUAUCACAUACAGGAUCAUUUCUGGAAAUGAAAGAAAGCAUUUUAAGAUAGAUCCUAAAACAGGUUUUGUACGAUCAAGGCUACCUCUAGACUAUGAGGAGAUCUCCAAAUUCAUAUUAACUGUCCAGGCGGUCGAUGGUGGUAUUACUAAUCAGAAAAUGGCCUUUUCAGUUCUUUACAUCGAUGUAUUGAAUGAAAAUGAUAAUAUUCCUUACUUUGCUUUUCCUACUUUGAACUGUACAGUACGUGAAAAUGAGCCUAUCCACACAUCAGUAUGUGCAGUUCAUGCACUAGAUCAUGAUACUGGCAUAUUUGGACAAUUAACCUACUCUAUCCUGCCAUCACCUUCAAUUAAUGACUCUAUGCCAAAGGAUGAGAAGAAUUUUGGUAUUGAUCCACUGACUGGUGACAUCCACACAAAGGAAAUUAUUGAUUUUGAACAGCAAAAGAAAUACAUGUUUAUAGUCCAGGCCAAAGAUAAAGGAAACGCAACUGCAACUAUAACAGUUCAGGUGGAUAUUCAAGGCAUUGAUGAAUUCGAACCAGUUUUCACUCAAGAAUCUUACUAUUUUACACUCUCUGAGAAUGUGGAGUUGGGGCAUAAAGCUGGACAAGUGACUGCUAUAGAUAAUGAUGCUGGGAUAGAUGGAAUUGUGGAGUACUCCUUUCUUCAGCCUUCUCCUUUCUUUUCUGUGAACAAAACAAGUGGAGUUGUUUAUCUUUCAGAUGCUGUUCACAAGAUUAAAGGCAGCUACAAAAAGAGAGAAGAGGUAAUAGAGCUGGUGAUUAAAGCCAGCAGUCCUGUGUCACACUCAAGAUCUGCUAUUAGUUUUGCUGCAAUUAACGUCUCCAGAUCAUGGGACGUCUUGGUUGAUGAGCCAAGUAGAAACAUUACUGUAAGCCUCACCAUUUCAUUUGUCAUAUUCCUGCUGUUCUCUGCAUGCCUUACUGGACUAAUCUGUAGAUCCAAAAGAAAAGAUAAAAAGGAUUUCACAUUCACUAAUGUAAUUUCAAAUGUAAAUUGCCUCCGAUACCUAGCGGCAACAUUAGCUCACCAUGAUGUGAAAAGUGAUUAUAAAGACGGAAAGACUCCCUUCGACGGUUCACUAGAACAGCUGAGUUUAAGAGUGAUUUCUAAAAAGGAGGAAUCAUUUAAUCCUAGAAAUUCAGAUUCAAGUGGAAGAGGCUCUGCUGAAGGAGAAAAUGUUGAAGAUGAAGAGAUUAAGAUGAUUAAUUGUAAUCAGUGCUGUGGGGAUUUUAGCUCUGUAUUAAGUCAUGAGGUAAUCAGAGUGCCAGACUCGGGGAUACCAAGGGAAUCAGACCAGUUAUUGUGUCGAUCUUCUGAAACAAAUUCUACUACUGUGACUUUCAGUAACACAGAAAACAUUCAUAAUUUUAAGGAUGAAGGUGGAGGAGAAGGGCGUGAUACAAAUUUUGUUGUAGAGAAACCUUUAUCAAAGAAUUUGAAGAGUACAGAAAUAAAGGAAAAUAUUGUCAUGCUGGACGCUAACAAAGAGCUUAUUUUCAUAUUAAAUGGACAGACGUCAUUGAAUGGAUCUCUCACAUCCCUUGUAUCUGCAAAGGAAGAGUUGCAAAGCAGCUAUAAUUGGGAUUAUUUGCUUAAAUGGGAGCCUGGAUUUCGACCUUUAGCCUCUGUCUUUACUGAGAUUGCAAACCUGAAAGAUGAGAAUCUACAAAAACAAACUUUGAAAAAUGAACCAAAAUCUCUUAUUAUCCCACCGCCAUUGAUAACAUCAGUUGCACAGCAUGGUAUAAGGGCAGUCCCUCCGCGAUUGCCAAUUAUAAGAUUUAAUCCAUCUUUCCCCAAAUAUUCUUAUUCGCCCAUUAUUGACAGCUCAAGCAUUAUUCCUUCAGCUAUGGCACCAAGUUUUUCUCCAUCUAUUUCCAUACUAGCUACGCAGACUCCUUCAGUGUCUCGUUUUGUUUCAGCUGCAGGAUUGGCUUCACAUGCCAUAAAAGCAUCUGUACAUGAGCAGAAAAUAGAAGAAGAAAUCCAGAUAUAGAAUCACUAACAAUCCAGACUGAUAUGUAUGCACUCCAAAAUGAACUUAUGUGAAACAGAGUGUUAUUCCAACUUCAACAAGAGUGUGUAGCUAACUUGAUUUAGGCCUGAAUUAUUUGUAAUUCUAUUGAAAUAUAAACAAAGACGCUUUUUUAACUGAAA